AACUCACCCAAGAAAAGAGGGCGGCUUCGCCGCCCUGGCCCAUACUCAGGUCCAGCCGAUAAUACCUUCGCAUACGCACCCGCCAAAAAUCUCAACGAGGUUUGGGAUUGUCUCUCACCUAAUCCAUUGACGGUGCUUGGUAGCGGGGUGGCCUAGUACUAGGCCUCUUACGCCAUCACACGCCAUCAGCAUGAUCAUCGCUUAAAACAUAUCGGUUAUCAUCCAUCCUUUGCAGCAGGAGCAAUACAAUUCGAUCCUGAUGACCCAAUACACGGAUCAGGCUUGUUUGCCGACUUUCAGCCAUAUGGUACUUCUUUGGAAUGUAAUAAUGAGUCUUCAGGGGUUGGAUUUCCAUGGUGGAUGGAACCUUCAGUGGGAUAUCUAGGUGCUGAGUCUUCCGACUUAGAGCAGCCCAUUGACGUCGAUCUGUCAACCAAGGAUAUUCACGAAGCUCAAAACUUUCCAUUUCCAGAAAGCAGUCUAUCUGCCGACGACGCCGCUACGGCCGAAAACUUCCAACCGCAGUCUCGCACGAACUUCAUAAUUCCGCACAAUCCCCCCAUCGUCACAAUGCCUUUUUCCCAUUCACCGACACCAAGUAGUAUCCCGGAACCAGACCUAGAAUGGUUUUCGAACAUCUCAACUCCUUUAUCACUUGGGCCUGGACCCUCAUCUUCGUCAAGCCCCUCUAGUAGUGGUCUCAGCUUAGACGACGAUAUCGCUGGCAAAAGAGUGAUUGGCUCAGCUCGUGCUGUUCACUUUUGUUCGACUUGUAAAAGGCAACACCAACGCUACCGCAAGUGUACCGCUCCAUCAUUCAGAUUCCAAUGUGGCCCAUGUAAAGCAGACUUUACAUUAAAGAAAGACCUCAAGCGGCAUCAAGAGACAUCAUCGUCUUGUCUUGCACGGAAGGUCAAAACCUCUCUUGCAUGUCCGGACUGCGGUGUUGAAUAUCUACGGAAAGACUCCUUACAGCGCCAUGUACGGACGAAGCAUGCCAACAAAAACAACUAAAGUCAUCGACACGAAUCAUGGCCACAUCUCCUACCACUACCCCAAUGUCAUCAUCACAAGUUCUGCGAAUUACGGUUGGAGGUCGAAGCGAUCUCGUCUUAUUGGAAACGAGUACAGGGCUCAGUACCAAUACUUAGGAUACUGCUGCUGCAAGAUGGACCUAACCGUUGCCAGAACCCCGCCUCUCCCGGAUCCCUAUAUCAACCAACAUCUAGCAUACGGCUUGCCUACCCGCUGUCGUACCUCGAUGGUGGCUUAUAUCUUGUCUCACCAGGCAAUAUGCUAGAUAUUGGUUGACAUAGGGAUCCGGGAGAGGCGGGGUUCUGGUAAUCAUGUCAGCAUGAUCAAAAUACACCCCCGACGGGAAGGUUGGGGGGAUACUAGCUCCCGAGGUCCUCAUAGAUUGAAGGUGCGGCCUGAUACCUGUGAGACUGUGUCAGAACCUUUUUAUCAUGAGAUAAAAAAGAAAUGGCAUAGGAGGUAUGCGCACUUUUUUU